UGCUAUGUAGCUAGCUAGCCUAGUUAGUAGCUAGCUAGCUUGCUCAGUUGUCGCAAAACGUUAGCUGUCAGCGAAUAUUUGCAUGCUGUAGCUAGGCACCCAGAGAAACAUGCUACAUUUCUCUGUCGCUAGUUAGCCACUCUUAUUUUUAAACCAAUUUGAUCGGAAACUACCAGACGUUAAGGCUAGCUAGCUUGCUAACUUGCAGACAGACUAGCCAGUUAGCUAAUGCCUACAAUGGCAUGCCAGUCUGAAUGACCAAUCCAUCUAGUCUCGGAAAUCACAUUGUUUACAUUGUGGGAGGCAACCCGUCCAUCUCAGUCAAACAACCCCUGCAGCAACAGUGUGUCCCACUCAGUUGACGUGUGUGGUGUGAGAGCCAAGAUGCCAGUGUUGCCCGUGGCUAACGGUCCAUGAUGCACGUGGAGGUGUGCUGGUGGGGUUAUGGAGACUCUACUGAACUGUGCUGAAGAGCAACAACCCCCCCUGCCCCCCGCCUCGCCUGACUCCUGUUCCACAGUCACGCCACAGGACGCUACUACAGACAGAAAUGACACGGGGAAAGCUGUUGGCUUUGUAUUGGUGCAUGCAGGAGCAGGAUACCACUCUGAAUCCAAAGCCAAGGAAUACAAGCAAGUCUGCAAGAGAGCUUGCCAGAGAGCUGUGGACAGACUGAAAGCCGGUGCUCUGGCAGUGGACGCUGUGACCGCAGCCCUUGUUGAGCUUGAGGAUUCUCCGUUCACUAACGCGGGAAUGGGCUCGAACUUAAACCUGUCCGGGGAGAUAGAGUGUGACGCCAGCAUCAUGGAUGGGAAGUCUCUACACUAUGGAGCAGUGGGCGCUAUUAGUGGUAUUAACAACCCAGUGCUGGUGGCCAACAGGUUACUGAGUGAAGCCCAGAAAGGGAAGCUGUCAGCCGGACGAAUACCUCCCUGCUUUCUAGUGGGUCGAGGAGCACAUGACUGGGCUGUGAGCCAUGGGAUACCUCCCUGUCCCUCAGAGAAGAUGGCUACCAAGUUCAGUCUAUCAGCCUACAAGAGGAACAAGCACAAGAUGGAGCUGGCAGAGAAGGUGGAGACAGGGUUUAAUCAUCGCACCAAGAAGAGACGACAAUCAAGUGAAAACGAGAAUGGAUCAGGGUUGCUGGACACGGUGGGAGCGAUCGUAGUGGACAGAGAGGGGAAUGUGGCAGCUGCGGUGUCCAGUGGGGGGCUAGCCAUGAAACACCCAGGCAGGGUAGGACAGGCUGCUCAUCAUGGCUGUGGGUGCUGGGCUGAGAACACCAGUACCCUGAACCCUUACUCUACAGCAGUAAGUACUUCAGGUUGUGGGGAGCAUCUAAUCCGGACCAUGCUGGCACGGGAGUGUUCUUCUGCCAUGCAGUGUGAAGAUGCCCACCAGGCACUGCUGGAGGCUAUGCAGAACAAGUUCAUCAGCUCCCCGUUCCUUGCCAGUGAGGACUGUGUACUAGGAGGGGUCAUCGUCCUGAGGUGCUGCAGGUGUUCCGACGCCCAACCCUCUCCUGACAUCCAGGCUAUACUGGUUGAGUUCCUGUGGAGCCACACUACAGAGAGUAUGUGUGUUGGCUACAUGUCUGCCCAGGACGGGAAAGCCAAGACUCACAUAUCCCGCCUGCCUCCCGGGGCUGUAGCAGGACAGUCGCUGGCCAUCGAGGGAGGAGUGUGUCGACUGGUCAAUACAGCGACAACAGUUGACUUAACCACACCCACUUCCCCACAUGCCACACCCACUUCCCAAAUGGGCCACGCCCCCUCCCCAAAGCCUUCUUAGCGAUACUAAAGAGUAACCUCUACGCCCCACUAACCCCUCCUCUAUCCCCCCCCACAGCAGUAAAAAGUUAGACUGUUUUAACAGGUGUCGGAAAGAGAGAGCGAGAGAGGGGGUGUUAGCUUCCAGCACUCAUAACUAUCCCUAUAGCCACUGUUAGCUUCCAGCAUGUACUGUUUGCCCAACUUUACCUUAACGCUCCCAGCCUACAAUACCAGAAUCCGCUUAGCAACACCUGGCCUCCAGUCUCUUUUUUUUUACUAAAGGCACCGUCCUUCCUAUAAUGUAUAAUAAUCUAGGAAAACAGGGUGGACAAUAUUCAUUUCUAUUGCACAUUUUUUCUUAGUUUUUAACGCUUGACAUUUAUUAUGGUUAUUCUUUCAAAAUUUCAAGUGCUUUUUGAAUGCAAAAAAAAAAAAACAUUGAUUUGUGUGAUUUGGAAACAUGUUGAGUUGCGAAGGGUUUUUAGGAACACGUUACUGGUCGGUUUCUAUAUUAUCACUGAAAGGCUCCUAGACGUUUGUAAUAGUGUGUUUUGCUGUGAGAGUUUUGUACGUAAGAGUUGAGAAAUAUUAUAAUUAACGACAAAAGCAAUCCGUUGGGAUCACUUUUCAAGAGGCUAAGUUUACCCACGUACAGUCACACUGCUUAGUUAAAACCUAAGCGUCAUCAAAUCCAAUUGUACUGUAUCUCUAGCAUAGUAUUAGUUAGUAUGCUGCCACUCCACCAAAAUUUAUAAAAAUUGCAAAAAGAGAAAUGAAAGCUGGAAUCCGUAGCUGCUACAUCCAUUUUUUGGACUUAUAAAUUCAUGAUACAGAUGUCUUCAGAAAGUACUGUUUUAUUAUACACCCCUUGGCUUUUUCCCCAUGUUUUUUUUUUUGUGUUGCAGCCUGAAUUUUUUUUUUUAUGGAUUAAAUUGAGAUGAUGUGUUACUGGCCUACACACAAUACCCCCCCAUAAAGUCAAACUGAAAUCAUGUUUUUAGAAACUGUUACAAAUUAAUAAAAAAUGAAAAGCUGAAAUGUCUUGAGUCAAUAAAUAUUCAACCCCUUUGUUAUGGCAAGCCUAAAUCAUUUUUAAAAUGUGCUUAACAAGCCACAUAAGUUGCAUAAAAAGCUGCCAUUGAAGUUGGUGAAGUUAUUAAUUACACUUUGGAUGGUGUAUCAAUACACCCAGUCACUACAAAGAUACAGGCGUCCUUCCCAACUCAGUUACCAGAGAGGAGCAAACCACUCAGGGAUUUCACCAUGAGGCGAAUGGUGACUUCAAAACAGUUACAGAGUUGAAUGGCUGUGAUAG